GUUCCACCCCGACCCCAAAAUGAUGGUUUUUCUCCUCGUUUUUUCUCUCUUCUGGCAGCUCCGGGCCCACCGGUGGCGGCGGCGGUGAGGUCCCACUUCAACGAUUGUCCCGACUCCCACAGCCAGUUCUGCUUCCACGGGACCUGCCGGUUCCUGGUGCAGGAGGACAAGCCGGCCUGCGUGUGCCACUCCGGCUACGUGGGGACGCGCUGCGAGCACGCCGACCUGCUGGCCGUGGUGGCCGCCAACCAGAAGAAGCAGACCAUCACCGCCCUCCUGGUGGUCUCCGUGGUGGCCUCCGUCCUCCUCAUCGGCGUCUGCGUCCUCAUA